UCUUCACGCUGCUCUCUUGCCGCUGGAGUGCUUGUUGUGGAGAGUAGUCUUGGCUGUCUGCUGUUGGGUUCUUUAACAGGAAAAAGGCUUCACCACCUUUGUGGAAGAGGAUUUCACAGCAUGGCGUUAAAUCUGACCAUCAACACAAGCAAUCCGCCUCUAGGAGCUCUUCUGACAGCAGAGCAUGUGAAGGGCAGUGUGCAGGUAUCAGUGGAGGAAGGCAAAGACAACCGGCUUCAUGUCUCAGAUGCGAUCCAGUUCAAUGAUGCCAACUCCAUCAGUCGGUACUUGGCCCGGGUGGCUCCCGCUCUUGGCCUCUACGGAGCCAACAUGAUGGAGCAGACUGAGAUCGACCACUGGUUGGAGUUCAGUGCCCGGCGUCUGUGUGGUCAGCCUGGUUUAAGCGCAGCGCUUGGUGACUUGAAUAAGACCCUUUCCCUGCGGACCUUCCUGGUUGGACAUGCCCUCACCCUGGCUGACCUGUCUGUCUGGGCUGCUCUCAAAGGUCAUGGGGAAUGGCCAGGCCAGGGCAAAUCCUUCUCCCAUGUCACUCGCUGGUUCUCUUUCCUGAGCUCGCAGGUUCCCUUCACUGCUGUGGGCAACAAGUAUGCCAGCAAGAAAGCUCCAAUGACCAAAUCCAACUCGGAUGAAAAGAAGCAAGAUGUUGGCAAGUUUGUGGAUCUGCCAGGAGCUGAGAUGGGAAAGGUGGUGGUCAGAUUCCCUCCUGAGGCCAGCGGAUACCUGCAUAUCGGCCACGCCAAGGCUGCUCUGCUCAACCAGCACUACCAGGUCACAUUUAAAGGCCAGCUCAUCAUGCGCUUUGAUGACACCAACCCUGAGAAGGAAAAGGAGGACUUUGAGAAGGUGAUCCUGGAAGAUGUUGCCAUGCUCCAGAUCAAACCAGACCAGUUCACCUACACCAGCGACCAUUUUCCCACCAUAAUGGGAUUUGCUGAACAGCUGCUUUCCGAGGGCAAGGCCUACAUCGACAACACGCCUCCUGAGCAGAUGAAGCUGGAGAGGGAGCAGCGCACUGAGUCCAAAUGCAGAAAUAACACGGUGGAGCAGAACAUGAAGAUGUGGUCGGAGAUGAAAGCUGGGACAGAGAGCGGUCAGACCUGCUGCAUGAGGGCCAAGAUCGACAUGAACUCCAACAACGGCUGCAUGAGAGACCCCACCCUGUACCGCUGCAAGAACACUCCUCACCCCCGCACUGGAAGCACCUACAAAAUCUACCCAACAUAUGACUUUGCCUGUCCUAUCGUGGACAGUUUGGAGGGGGUGACCCACGCCCUGAGGACCACCGAGUACCACGACCGUGACGAUCAGUUCUACUGGAUCAUCGAAGCUCUGCGUCUCAGGAAGCCCUACAUCUGGGAGUACUCCAGACUCAACCUCAACAACACAGUGCUGUCCAAGAGGAAGCUCACCUGGUUUGUCGACCAGGGAUACGUUGAUGGAUGGGAUGACCCUCGCUUCCCCACUGUCAGAGGAGUCCUGAGGAGAGGAAUGACCGUUGAGGGUCUGAAACAGUUCAUAGCAGCCCAGGGUGGAUCACGGUCGGUGGUGAACAUGGAGUGGGACAAGAUCUGGGCCUUUAAUAAGAAGGUUAUUGAUCCCGUAGCUCCAAGGUAUACAGCUCUGUCCAGCUCCUAUGUGGUUCCCGUCUCCGUCUCAGAGGCUAAAGAGGAGUUCAAGGAGGUGGCCAAACACCCUAAGAACGCAGAGGUAGGCAUGAAGAAGGUCUGGUAUGGACCUCGGGUUCUGGUGGAAGGAGCCGAUGCUGAGACCUUCUCAGUGGGAGAGAUGGUCACCUUCAUCAACUGGGGCAACCUCAUCAUCACCAAGAUCAACAAAGGGGCUGAUGGGAAGGUCGUGUCCAUGGAGGCUCGUCUGAACCUCGAGAACACGGACUACAAGAAGACCACAAAGAUCACAUGGCUGGCUGAAACAAGCGGUGCCCCCCUGCUGCCCACCAUCUGCAUAAACUACCAGCCUCUCAUCUCCAAAGCUGUCAUCACGAAGGAGGACGACUUCAAGGAGUACAUUAACAAAAACAGCAAGUUGGAAGAGAAGAUGCUCGGAGAUCCAUGUCUGAACACCCUGAAGAAAGGUGACAUCAUCCAGCUCCAGAGGCGGGGCUUCUACAUCUGCGACCAGCCUUAUGAGCCUGUCAGCCCUAACAGCUGUAAGGAGAGUCCCUGUGUCCUGCUCUACAUUCCUGAUGGACACACCAAAGAGAUGCCGACUGCUGGAUCCAAGGACAAGAGCAAGAGCCAGGCCUCCAACAACACACCUGCCUCCAAGGCUGCCUCCGCCCCUGCCAAGGCUGCCUCCGCCCCUGCAUCCACCUCAGUCAGUGACUUAUUCACAAGCAUUGUAGCACAAGGUGAAGCUGUCCGUCAGCUAAAGACUGCCAAGGCUACUAAAGAGGAAGUGGACAAUGCAGUUAAGCAGCUGCUUUCUCUGAAGGCCCAGUUCAAGCAGCAGACGGGUACAGACUACAAGCCUGGAAUGGCUCCUCCCACAUCAGCAGCAGCCCCGCCCACAACCUCAGCAGACUCCGCCUCCUGUCCAUACACCCGUGUUUCUGAGCAGGGCGAGCUGGUCAGGAAACUGAAGACAGAGAAGGCACCUAAGGACCAGAUUGAUGCGGCAGUGAAGCAGCUCCUCGCUCUGAAGGUGGAGUUUAAAAAGCUGACUGGUCAGGAUUACAAACCCGGGAUGGCCCCUUCCACUCCCGUCCCCUCUUCUCCUUCUCCUGCAACCACCACCACCUCCUCCUCCUCCUCCUCCUCCUCCUCCUCAACUUCUUCUUGCUCCUCUUCAGGCGUGUAUGAGCGUGUUUCACAGCAGGGAGAGGUUGUGAGGAAACUGAAGUCUGAAAAAGCCCCCAAGGACCAGGUCGACGCAGCAGUCAAACAGCUGCUGGUACUGAAGGCAGAAUACAAACAGGUCACAGGCCAGGACUACAAGCCUGGAGCGGCUCCGGUCCAGAAAGCCCCUGCUCCAGUCCAGAAAGCCCCUGCACCCGCCCCAGUCCAGAAAGCACCCGCCCCAGUCCAGAAUAGCCCCGCCCCUGCUGCCACCGGCCUCUAUGAGAAGGUUGCUGAGCAGGGAGAAGUUGUCAGGAAACUGAAGGUUGAAAAGGCGCCCAAGGAUCAGGUAGAUGCUGCAGUGAAGCAGCUGCUGGCUCUGAAGGCAGAGUACAAACAGCAGACCGGACAGGACUACAAACCAGGAGCGGCCCCGGUCCAGAAAGCCCAGACCCAGUCCAUCUCUUCCUCCACCCAGUCUAGCUCCCCCCCGCAGGCCCAGGAACUGUUCUCACAGGUGGCCCAACAGGGAGAGCUAGUGAGAAAGUUGAAGUCCGAGAAAGCCCCCAAGGACCAGGUGGAUGAAGCAGUGAAGAGUCUCCUGGACCUGAAGAGCAAAUACAAGAUGCUGACUGGUCAGGAGUACAAACCUGUGGCUGCAGCUGGAGCAACUGGAGGAGAGGACAAAAACCGCAAGGAGAGGGAGAACAAGUCUGAGAAACAGGGAGGAGGAGGACAAGGAGGAGGAAAGAAGGGUAAAGGAGACAAAGCUGGCCAGGGCAAGGAGGCCUCAGGAGGAGCAGGAGGAGAGGGCCAAGGACCUAAGAAACAAACACGGUUGGGCUUGGAGGCCAAGAAAGAGGAGAACCUGGCUGACUGGUACUCUCAGGUCAUCACUAAAGCGGAGAUGAUUGAGUACUAUGAUGUAAGCGGCUGCUAUGUGCUGCGGCCCUGGUCCUUCGCCAUCUGGGAGGCCAUUAAAGAAUUCUUUGACCGGGAGAUUAAGAAACUGGGUGUGGAGAACUGCUACUUCCCCAUGUUCGUCUCUCAGGCCGCCCUGGAGAAGGAAAAAACCCACAUCGAAGACUUCGCCCCAGAGGUUGCCUGGGUGACCCGGUCAGGAAAGACUGAGCUGGCAGAGCCCAUUGCUGUCAGACCCACCAGUGAGACAGUGAUGUACCCUGCCUACGCUAAAUGGGUCCAGUCCCACAGAGAUCUGCCAAUCAAACUCAACCAAUGGUGUAAUGUUGUGAGAUGGGAGUUCAAACACCCCCAGCCCUUCCUGAGGACAAGAGAGUUCCUGUGGCAGGAGGGACAUACAGCCUUUGCCACCAAAGAGGAGGCAGCUGAGGAGGUGCUGCAGAUCCUGGAUCUGUACGCCAGGGUGUAUGAGGAGCUGAUGGCGAUUCCCGUGGUGAAGGGAAGGAAGACGGAGAAGGAGAAGUUCGCAGGAGGAGAUUACACCACAACUGUGGAGGCAUUCAUCUCAGCCAGUGGCCGAGCCAUUCAGGGUGCUACCUCUCACCAUCUUGGUCAGAACUUUGCCAAGAUGUUUGAGAUCAUGUUUGAGGAUCCGAAGAGGCCCGGUGAAAAACAGCUGGCUUUCCAGAACUCCUGGGGAAUCACAACCAGGACCAUCGGCGUCCUCACCAUGGUCCACGGAGACAACAUGGGACUCGUCCUGCCACCCAGAGUGGCCUGCCUGCAGGUUGUCAUCAUCCCAUGUGGGGUCACUGCCUCCCUGCCCGAGCAGGAGAAGGAGGCGCUGAUGACCCAGUGCUCUAAAUACCAGAGCAGGCUGCUGGCUGCUGGCAUCAGGGUGAAGACUGACCUCCGAGACAACUACUCCCCAGGGUGGAAGUUCAACCACUGGGAACUCAAGGGAGUUCCUAUCCGUCUGGAAGUUGGUCCUAAAGACAUGCAGCAGCGCCAGUGUGUCGCAGUAAGGAGAGACUCUGGUGCAAAGGUGACCGUUCCAGAGGCCGAGGUGGAGAAGAAGAUGAGCGCCAUGUUGGAGGACAUCCAGAACUACCUGUUCAAGAAAGCUUCAGAUGACCUGAAGACGAACAUGGUGGCUGUGGACACAAUGGAGCAGUUCCAGAAAGAGUUGGACCAGGGCAAAAUUGUCCAGAUCCCAUUCUGUGGUGGAAUUGAGUGCGAGGAUUGGAUCAAGAAAACCACUGCCAAGGACCAGGACCUGGAGCCUGGAGCUCCAUCCAUGGGAGCCAAGAGCCUCUGUAUCCCCUUCUCCCCCCUGAAGACGCUGCAGCCUGGACAAAUGUGUGUCAGUGGCAAGGAGCCUGCUCAGUACUACACCCUGUUUGGACGCAGUUAUUAAAAACCUGCUCUGCUGCAACACCAGGAUGAACAUCAUAGUGGAAAAGGGCUUUCCUACCUUCUCAUGUAUUUUUUUCCUCAUGAAUGCAUAGGGUAUUAGGGGCAUGAGGUGACUGGACUGGAAUGGAAAUAUAUUGUUUUUUUGUUUGUUUCAUUUUUUUUUAACAUAUGUUAACAUUGUUAUAGGCAUCUGAAAGAACGUGGAGGUGAGAGAAACUGUUUACUUAGAAUUCCAUUAUGAGCGAAAAUGGAUGUAGCGCUGUUUUCUCUCCUACAUUGCUCUCCAAAAGCCACAUCCAAGGAGCACUCACUGUCCUGCAGGGGUCUGUAUUAGAAUGGGAAGUAGCACCAGAAACUAAGCAAAUGUUGUAUCUUUCCUAUCCUUUCAGAACUGAUAUUUUUUUACAACUCCCUACUUGACACUGUUAAGAAACAAAAUAACAUUUGGAGUGUUUCAGUUAAAGUUUUUGUCAACUGUUAUGAAAAUAGUGGGUUUGCGCCUUUUGGCAAUUUGGUAAAACUCUCAAAAAUAUAAUUCUGAUGGGGGAAAAAAUCCUGAGAAACGUACCAUCUACUGCUGUCUGGGGGAAAGUACUCUUUGCCUGCUAACAGUCCCAUGUCUUGCAGCCAAACUGUCUCAGGAACUCUGCAGGUACUCAGGCUUGUUGUGGAUUAUUCUCACAUGUUUAUCAGCCAUCCUCUCUCUGUAUGACUGCUUACAGUCUGUGGCUCACGAUUCACAGCUUAAUAUUUUCUCCUCAGAUCCACCAGAGCCAGAAGUGUCAUAAAGCAAUGAGGAACUGUAUAUGGUUAAUAGUCAGUAAUGUAGUCUUCUGUCACUACUCUCCUAAUAAAUAACUUGUCUAUAAUAAAGUAAUUUCCAUGUCAAA